AUGAUGACGACGCCCAGUGUCAAAUCAACUCUGCUGAAUCUAUUGCUCACCGUAUUGUUUCUGGCGACUAACUGUGGAGGGGAAUCUUCAACGUGUUUGACGAUUUACAAAGAAGGCGGAGCUCCGGCGGUGUUUCAAUCGCCCAAAUGCCCUCGCUGGAACCUCCGUAACUGGGGCUCUCGUAGUACACGCAGCAACAACGGAGGUGGUCGUUGCCACACGGCAGCGAUACAAGGUCGUAGGAAGUACCAAGAGGAUCGUCUUCUCUGUGCUCUUGAUCUUCGAAUCCCAUUUCCUGGGAAGAGUGGAACGAAAGAUGUUAUGGUUGGAAUUGCAGCAGUUUUUGACGGGCAUAAUGGUGCAGAAGCCAGUGAUAUGGCUUCAAAGCUUUUACUGGAUUAUUUUGCUUUGCAUAUCAACUUUCUCUUGGACGCAACGUUCUCUGUCAUGACGAAGAAGUUGAUCGGAAGAUUACCAACUCAAGAGGAGCACGGUGUGAUUCUGCAUUUAUACAACCUGGAUUUGAAAUUGCAGUUUCGAGACUCGUUGCCAGUUAAUUUGUAUGAUUCUCUUCACUUGGAUAUUAUGAAGGAAGCAUUGCUAAGAUCGAUUCAUGACAUUGAUGCCACUUUUAGUAAGGAAGCAUCUAUCCGGAAGUUGAGUUCAGGUUCAACGGCUACAAUUGCACUUAUCGCAGAUGGUCAAGUAAUGGUUGCAAGUAUCGGUGACUCAAAGGCACUUUUGUGCUCUGAGAAAUUUGAGACUCCGGAAGAAGCUAGAGCUACUUUGGUGAAGUUGUACAGAGAGCGAAGAAGCAAUCCUGACUCUUCUUCACCAACAAGGUUCUUUGACUUUAAACUAGAUCACAGCAAUGGACAAGUGCGUUUGGUUGCCAAAGAAUUGACAAAGGACCAUCACCCAAAUAGAGAGGAUGAGAAGACUCGUGUUGAAGCUGCAGGAGGUUAUGUCACUGAGUGGGCCGGUGUGCCACGUGUGAACGGCCAGCUGGCUGUAUCUCGGUCAAUUGGUGACGUUACUUAUAAAAGCUAUGGUGUCAUCUCUGCACCUGAAGUGAUGGAUUGGCAACCUCUGCUGGCUAAUGACAGCUACUUGGUAGUGUCAUCAGAUGGCAUCUUUGAGAAGUUGGAGGUGCAAGAUGUAUGCGACCGUCUGGGGGAAGUAAGCAAUCAAACCAGCUCUGGAGCGAGAGUGCCUUCACACUGCUCAAAUUCUUUGGCAGACUGCUUGGUUAAUACUGCCUUUGACAGGGGAAGUAUGGAUAAUAUGGCCGCUGUUGUGGUUCCCUUAAAAUCUAAUCCAGCUUCUCAGCUCCAACUGAGGGAACAGAGUAUGAGGGACAAUACAGAUAAGAUUGCUUCAGCAAUGCCGAGUAAUAUCUAUGCAUUGCCAUUGCCUAAUGAUAUCAAUUCGGGUCCAUUGCAAUUGAAGCAGGCUCAGCCACUUGCCACCAUGUUUAAUCGGUUAUUGGUGGAAGUCAAAAACGGAAGUUUUUGUUGCUUUUAUAUGUCAGAGAACCUUAUUGGUGAAUCACUAGGGAUAAUGAACGAUAUGCACGGUUACAUGGGUGACCUGCCUCAGGUACUACCUGCACCUGCCGAGCCGUUCUCUGGCUGGUGUUUACCUUCCGGGACAGCUACCAACGAGAAUCAAGAUCAGUGCAUCAAUCCUGAUAGCUUUGCUAUUUUCCUUGGGUUACUUGAAUCUGUACCAUUACAUGGUUUUGGUGCUAAUAACGAGACAGAUGAGAUUCCGUUUCCGGACUCGAGUUAUGUGCUGAAGAAAAAAUUUGGGCGCGGUGCAUUUGGUGAGGUGUGGUUGGCAUUUCACUGGAAUUGCAAUCAAGGAAGUAACGCUAGUAGCUGGAUCCAGGAAGAUGAGAAUACAUCAAAAAAUGGUGUUCAUAUCAAUGAAUACACUGAUAACGUAACUAGCAAUAACAAUACGUCUACAGAUCAUCAUGAUGCUGGUGUUCCUGAUAACUCCUUCAUUUUGAAGCGGAUAAUGGUAGAGAGAGGACCAAAUGUAUAUUUGAGUGGCCUAAGGGAGAAGUAUUUUGGCGAAUUAUUUCUGAAUGCGUACAAUAUAAGUCGGAGUUCUCAGUCAGCUUCGUCAGAAUUGGAUCUCUCUGAAGAGGGUUUAAAACAUAUUGCUAGAUACAUAGAGUAUUUUGAAUCUCGAUAUAAUGACAUAUGGCUUGUGUUUCAUCACGAGGGUGUGUCUUUAUCAAAGCUGAUGUACACUGUGGAAGAAGCAGAGAAUAGCUCUGCCGAUGAAAAGGCAAGUCAUGCGCAGAUACUCCGUCCCUCAAAGUGGUGGACCUGGUUGAAGAAGACAGAAUCAGGAAAAGAAGAAAUGCGGAGAAUAAUAUGGCAGUUGUUACUGGGUCUGAAAGCCUGCCAUGAUCGCAAUAUUACUCAUAGAGAUAUUAAACCCGAGAAUAUGGUGAUAUGCCUUGAAGACAUCAAGUCAGGCAGAUGCUUAAAGGGUGCACCAAAAGGAGAUUAUAAUUUCAAAUCUAAAAUGCGCAUCAUCGACUUUGGCAGUGCACUUGAUGAAUUCACAAUGAAACAUUAUUAUGGGUCAACAGGUCCUUCAAGAGCAGAGCAAACUCAUGAUUAUGCACCACCAGAAGCCAUGCUGAACAGCAGCUGGCACCGUGGACCAACCAGUUUGACAUCGAAAUACGACAUGUGGAGUGUUGGGGUUGUGAUGUUAGAGAUGAUUUUAGGAUCACCAAAUGUUUUUGAUAUUAGUUUUGUUACACGUGCCCUUCUGGAUCAACAUAUCAGAGGUUGGAGUGAAAACUUUAAAGAGCUUGCAUACAAGCUUCGUUCCUUUAUGGAAAUGUGCAUCCUAAUCCCAGGUAGCUCUUUAAAACAUGGUGGCGUCAGCUCAAAGCAGGGUGGGAUCUCACUAGCGUCAUGGAAAUGCUCGGAAGAGUUUUUUGGAGAACAGAUAAAGAGUAGAGACCCUCUUAAGAUUGGGUUUCCUAAUGUUUGGGCGUUAAGGUUGGUGAGGAGUUUAUUACAGUUGUACCCUGAGAAUAGAUUGAAUGUGGAUGAGGCUCUGCAACACCCUUAUUUCCAGCCUCCUCCUAGCUCCUGA